AUGCAGUCCAAUGAUGAUUCGGCGGUCGAACCCAUAAAGGCGUUCGAGGGAAGGGUUAUCACGUACGAGGUCGUCGACGGUAACGGAAAUGUCGAUCAAACAAUCGGAGAGCGUAGGUUCAAUUUUAAAGGGAAUACCAUCGAGGAAUUGAAGAAAGCGUUGGAGGAAGAGAUGACUGUGAAGGAAGAGUUCUCUCUUUGUUCUCGGAAUCCUUUGAAUGGCAAUCUUUAUCCCCUUCGUUUGCAGCUUCCUCCUAACAAUGCCGUCAUGCACGUCGUCGUGGUUCCUCUGUUGUCGAAAGUGGCAGAUGAACUAUGGCUUUGAAUAACAUGAAAGAACUUCCAAUUCGUGAUGUGAAUUCCAGGGAUUUAAAUAGUGGUCGGCGAUAGUAGUGUUCUUCGCGAUCGUUAUUAUAUGACCACGAUACCGCAAUCACUGCAAUAUAGUUGCAACCGCGAUAAAAGCGACACACUGAAUACGUAACCGCAAUUUGAAUCUCUGGUGAAUUCUGCUCCAAACUUUGGGUUUUUGCUUUAUUUCUUCAGCCAUUUAUCGAUCGU